CACGAGUCCUAUUGUAUAAAACAGACAGUGAAUUUUUAAUAUAAGAGUGCACUAAAUACACAUUUUAUUUGUUGUCCAUUUUACAAAAUUUAUCAAGAAACAAAAAUUUGUAUUUAAUAUAUAGAAUGCUUUAACUUUCACUAGAUUUUCUUCUCCAAUAAUUGUUAUGUUACCACUAUAUACAAUCAAGAGAAGAAAGGAUUUGUUUUUGCAUUACGUGCCUGUGUUAAUUGUUUACUUUCUAACUAUUGGAAGUGCUGUAUGUUGUGCUUAGCUGAGAAGUGUUGAAUCGAUAUCGUAUUGGAGCAAUAACCUAUUGUUGUGAAAUGAGUGUGCAUAUUUUGUGACAUACCUUCUUCCUCAUGGGUGUUCGUUGCUAAUACUACCCUCUUUAAUUUCAAGUCUUUUAUUAAAACAUAUACAAUGGGAAGGUUUACCGGGAAGAAAUGUCGGCUACUCUCCAUGUUGUGGCUCACUGGAGGCUUCUUUUUUGUAGAGCUCAUUGUGGGCUAUGUCACCAACUCAAUGGCACUUGUAGCCGACUCAUUUCACAUGCUAAGUGAUGUAGCGGCACUGGUUAUUGCAUUUUUAUCUGUUAAAAUGUCACCAAAAAAAUGGUCAAAGAACACAUUUGGAUGGGCGCGUGCCGAAGUGCUUGGUGCUCUCGUGAACGCCGUCUUCCUAGUCGCGUUGUGCUUCAGCAUAACAGUGGAAGCUGUGAAACGAUUUAUUGAAAUUGAGAAGAUCCAUGACGCUCAAUUGUUGGUCGCCGUCGGUACACUCGGGUUGCUGCUUAAUGUUGUGGGGCUGUUCCUCUUCCACGAACAUGGUGGUAGUCAUGGUCACUCACAUGGUGUACCGCCACCAUCAAACGUCAGACAUCUGACGGAAAUAGUGAACAGCAACGCGGACAUGGCAUUGGGUCAUAACUCCACGGAUCCUGAGGAGACUGAUGAAAUGGUGCCACCUAAGGCUGUAAAGACGUCAAAUAAUAAUAAACAACCCUGCCGUACCACCACUGACCCUGGACAUAUGAACAUGAAGGGAGUGUUUCUACAUGUGCUAUCUGACGCCCUUGGUUCAAUUAUAGUAGUGGGUUCAGCAUUGGUAGUAUGGCUCACUGACUGGAAAUACAAGUACUAUAUCGACCCAGCGCUGAGUAUAGUAUUGGUCAUUUUGAUACUAGCGUCAGUAUGGCCUUUGUUAAGAGAAUCCUCUCUCAUUUUGUUACAAACAGUCCCCACACACAUCCAGGUGGACGCUAUACAGAGGCGUUUGUUGGAGAAAGUGGACGGAGUGAUUGCAGUCCAUGAGUUCCACGUGUGGCAACUGGCCGGGGACAGGAUCAUCGCUAGUGCACAUAUUAGGUGUCAAAACUUGUCUGAGUAUAUGAAAAUAGCUGAGAAGGUAAAGGAGUUCUUCCACAAUGAAGGGAUCCACUCCACCACGAUACAGCCCGAAUUCAUUGAACUGCCUUUGGGUGGUAACGAGAUAACCAGUGGCGCGUCUGCGGAAGCACCGUGUGCUCUCCACUGUCCUCCUAACGAUCUGUGUCACAACGCCACCUGUUGCGGGCCAAAUCAGCAGGAGCACAAUACACCAUCCCCGACAGUCACACCUUAUCUCUGCAGACAACGAAAUAUGGGAUCAAGAUCCGAAUCCAUAUGCUCGAAUCCUGGUAAUGACGCCCAGGGAAGGGGUGUCACGUGGAAUUUAGAAGCUUUAGAGUGCGGGUUAGUAGAAUAAUUAUAAAAUGAUCUAAUGAAGAAUCGCAGUCCGGCUCGAAGGACCAAUUUUGUAAAAAUACAAUUUAAACUGUGUAGGUGUGAUAAUAUCAUCGCAAACCGUUUUGUGACAUCACAGACUAUUAUAAACUAAGUCGUGAGAGUGUGCUUUUGUUUUACACUUCCAACUUUCCGCUGGAUCGGAAUCUAAGAAAUCUAGGAUUUCCAUUGUGGCUACAACAUCAGUCCGGCUGUGAAAUAAAGUGUUAUUUAUUUAUUUGCGUACUUAUAUAUACAUAGGUAUAUUUAAUAUAAAUAUGACUUAGCGGUACAAACGGCGUUCAGAUUUACAUAUCUGAUGAGUAACGUUACACGCAAUGGUAAAUCCAAUGCUGCCCUUGGGUGAUCUCCUUUACCGUCUCACUUUCACUAUAAUGUAUUUGUAAAUCCGUCAAUCAUACGAUUAUAUUUAAAAUCUAAAUCUAAACUACGCUUAUAUAUUAUUUAGUUUUCAAACUUGAAACUGCUCACAAAGAAUUUAAUAAGUCCUUAUUUAACUUAGAAGCUUGUGCUUAAAAUAUUAUGAAAUCAAAUUAAAAUAUUUAUUAUAUAUAAAAAUACAUUAUUUUUGCACGAUUACUUUUUUUCUCAGAGUUUAAAAUAAAUCCCGAUUAAAUUGAUGUUUAUGUAACUUUAAUGAUAUACCUAUGUAGAGAUGGUACAAAUAUAAAUAUUUAAGAUUCGUUUGCAGUUAUCGGAGUUUUAGCGUACUUUAAAGCCUCUCUUGCAUGGUAUUUUAGCCAAGAAUAUUUAUAUUAUUUAUAGUAUUUUAUUGGGAAGUUAUUGUAAUUGAUUAAGUUCAAUUUUAAUAAAAAAUAAUUGACGUGAACGAUCAUACAAUUAUAAUAAUACGACAUGUUGUAAUGAAAGAAACCAAUUUAAUACUGAAUAUUUGACUAAACUACCAUUCUAUUAUCAGCUAAGUUUAAUAAGUAAGUUUCAAGAAAAAUAUAGGCAUAAAUAAAAAAUGUAUAUUGGUAUAAACCAAAUAAAAGUUGUUAACAGAUUGCUAUGAGACUACUAUAAGAUAUUUGCGUUAAAUAUGUUAAGUCUACA